AUUGGUGUCGCUAUUAUACCACUUCUGGCCAAAAGUACAUACGAUGUGAUGUUAACACUGUUUGAAGGCCUAGCGGUCGGCAGUUUAGUGGGUUCGGCAAUAUUUCAUUUGAUUCCUCAAUCGUUUAACCUAACGAGGGAUGGCUCUCACGCCUACCUCUGGAAAGCGCUCAUUAUUUUUGGUGGAAUUUAUUUAUUCUUUUGGUCCGAAAGAAUCAUGAAAAUGGUGGUCGAGUUUAGACGCAAACGCAAACUCAAUGUCCAAUCAGUCCCUUCGUGUACGAGCGCUGAGUUAGAACCUCAUCGGCCUAUUCCUCAACAAAAACACGUCUACUUCAAAGAUUUCGAUUACGACAAACACAAUGGUGUCGUGAAGAGCACCGAUAGUCUCAAUAAUAUUCCGGAAACUACUAGUCAUGACAGAGAUUUAGAUAACGAAAGACAUAAAUCGAUAGAUAAUGAGUCGACAGACAGUCGCUCAGAAUCGUUGGUUUUUGAGACAAUCGCUAGAGAGAGGAGUCGAAGCAAUUCAUUCAGUCUAAGACACGGACACUCUCACGGAACAGCUGGCGAACAGAGGGUAGAGAUCGCGACCGUCGCGUGGAUGAUCAUCUUCGGCGACGGACUCCACAACUUUAUCGAUGGCAUUACAAUCGGCGCC